CCGCAGCCGAGCGGGCGGAGCGGCCCCGGCCGGGCCCGGCGCUGCCGCUGCCGGGAGCUCCGUGAGGGAGCGCCGCCCCCGCUGCCAUGGCCGCCCGGAGAGUCUGGAGUAUGUGAGGGGCUGCCCGAGGAAUCACUCAUAUUUUAAUUUCUGCUUCAUCAGAUGCUCCUGCCCUGCCCUGUGCCUCCAGGAGUGUGACCCCCCCCAGUCCUGGGGCAGCCCACAGCUGAGAUGGUGGCCUUUAACUGGAAGGCUCUGGAGAACUUCCCACUGCUGAUGUACAUUUUGGCAGCUAAAACAUUGAUCCUUUGCUUGGCCUUUGCUGGAGUCAAAAUGUACCAGAGCAAGAAAAUUGAGGAGAAACUGAAGAGGGAACGUGAGGAGAGACUGAAAGCAGAAGCAGAGAAGAAGGAUGAGUGAAGAGUGCCUCAGGCUCCUGGCACUUGGAUUCCCUCCCCAGGAGGAUGAAGCCUUCCUGGAAAAGAAGGAUGGUAACCUCAGAGUGACUCUUAAAUUAUCUCUGUUUUUACAUGUACAAAGCAGCUGAGCCUCUAUUUAUGCAAUAAAAAAUGUCUUUGUUUAAAACAUAAA